CUCAGACCGGGAGAGUUGUUUUUGUUGUCAGGAAGCCUCUUAUUUCAGCAAGAUAAAGGGAGUUUUGUACCUUUAAGGACAACAAUCCCUAUUCGUUCCGAAAACAAUUGUCACUCUACUAACCGGCUUUACUACCCAAACAAGGAUUUGGACUGGAAAAAAAUACACUCCGUGACACAACCAGACAACAACCCAUAAUUCACCAACCCAUCAUUCACCACCCCAGACACACCUUUUUGUGACGGGUUGUAUGAUUGAUCCAACCUCUUGCCGUCAUGGCGAUGGACGAAGGCGCGCGGAGCUGUCUGCUACGUUCACGCUACACCCUGGAGCAGGACAUCAAGGCCACGUACUUGAUGGAUCACAUGAUCAGUGAUGGCGUGUUGACUGGAGAUGAGGAGGAUAUCAUCAGAAGCAAGCCCACCAGAAAGGAGCAGGCUGUAUAUUUGUUGGAGCUGCUCUUGAGGAAGGACAACCGGACCUACAUCUCUUUCUACAAUGCCCUGGUCAGGGAGAGCUAUGGAGAUCUGGCCGGCCUGCUACACAACAGUCUACCCCUCAUCUCCCCUGAGGCCGAAAAGAGCUUCUCUGAUGGGGGGACACCUCAUGUCCAGGCAGUUCUGAGCGAGGGCGGGGUGCCCCAGAGGCCUGUGGUGUUUGUAGUCCGGCAGGAGCUGGUGAACCAGGUGAAGGAGAAGCUCUGGCACCUCAACAAAGAGUCUGGAUGGGUCACAGUCUAUGGCAUGGCCGGAUCUGGCAAGUCUGUCCUGGCUGCUGAGGCCGUCCGUGACCACACUCUCAUCACCGAGUGUUUUCCCGGAGGGGUCCACUGGUUGUCCAUCGGCCAGCUGGACCGAGCUGACCUCCUGGUGCGCAUGCAAUCUCUGUGUUUCCGUUUGGAGCAGGACCUCCAAUCUGUUUCGCGUGCCCCCAGCUCUCUGGACGAGGCCAAAGAGCGCCUUCGCUUCCUCAUGCUCCGCCGGUACCCUCGGACUCUGCUGAUACUUGAUGACAUCUGGGACCCUUUGGUCCUCAAGGCUUUUGACAUACAAUGUCGGGUGCUUCUGACAACUCGAGACAGAAGCCUAGCCGACUCCGUCAGUGGUGCCAGGCAUGAGGUGCAAGUAGAGAGUGGUCUUGAUGAAGACAAAGCCUUGGAGAUCCUGUCCCUCUAUGUCAACAACAAAGUCCAGCGACUGCCAGAACAGUCCCGCAGCAUCGUCCGAGAGUGCAAAGGUUCUCCCCUGGUGGUGUCCCUGAUCGGCGCACUGCUGAGGGAGUUCCCCGACCGCUGGGGCUACUACCUGCAGCAGCUGCAGCAGAAGCAGUUCAAGCGUAUCAGGAAGUCAUCCUCCUACGACUAUGACGCCCUGGAUCAGGCCAUGGCCGCCAGCAUUCAGGUGCUGCCAGACGAACACAGCACGCUCUACAAGGACCUCACCGUCCUUGAGAAGGACGUCAAAGUGUCUGCCAAGGUUUUGUCGAUUAUGUGGGGCCUGGAAACAGAGGAGGCAGAGGAUGUGCUCCAGGAGUUUGUGAACAAAUCCCUCCUGUUCCGAGAUUGUCACCACCGGCCCUACCGCUACUACCUCCAUGACCUCCAGCUGGACUUCCUGGCUGAACAAAACCGUUCUCAGAUAGAAAGCCUUCACUCCAAGGUGGUGCGUCAGUACCAGCAGUUUUACAAGCAGUCUCCUCCCACCUCAGAAGAUGAGUGUUCCUAUUGGUUCCGAUUCCUCCCGUACCACAUGGCCAAAGCUAACCUCACGCAGGAGCUGUACUCUCUCAUGUUCUCCUUGGACUGGGUCAGAACUAAGGCUUGCAUCAUGGGCCCUGCCCACCUCAUCAAUGACUAUGUGGAGUACGGAGACAUACUGGACAAGGAGAACAGCGAGGUGCGCAGCCAGUUCCAGGAGUUCCUGUCCCUGAACGGGCACCAGCUAGAACAACGACCAUUCCCUGACGUGGUGCAGCUGGCGCUGUCCCAGCCGGACUCCUCUGAGGUGUUCAGGCAGGCCCUGCUGCAGGCACAAGAGGGGGCCAACAGGGGGAGACUGUACCUCGACUGGCAGAACAAGAGCAGCCUGGAGAGUCUGUCUCGUCUCAUAGUCCAGCCUCACCAGGGCUCCAUCUACCAUGCCUGCUUCUCUCACGAUGGUGCCAAGAUUGCCUCCUGUGGUGCUAGCCCCAAACUGCGGGUGUUCAAGAGCAACACCGGGGAGAAGCUACUGGAGUUCCAGGCCCAUGACGACGACGUAAUCUGCUGUGCCUUCUCCCCUGAUGACCGCCUUCUAGCAACCUGCUCCAGUGACAGGAAAGUCAAGGUGUGGAACGUGGAGCGUGGGACUCUGAUGAGGGUGUUCGAGGACGAGCACGAGGAGCAGGUCAACCACUGUCAGUUCACCAACACACAACGCCGCCUCCUGCUGGCCACCUGCUCCAAUGACAAGUUCAUGAACACCAAGUUGUGGAACCUCAAUAAGCCCUCCUCCCAGAACACCAUGUUCGGUCACCUGGAGCCUGUCAAUCACUGCUGCUUCUCCCCCAACGACACCUACCUGUCCACCUCGUCCAGGGAUGGCACGCUCAAGCUGUGGGAGGUGUCCUCAGCCAACGAGUGGAAAAGCAUCGACGUCCAGGGUUUGUUCCCCGAGCAGAGCGAUGGAGAGCAGGCUGAGGUCAUCGUCAAGUGCAGCUCCUGGUCGGCCAACGGCGAACGCAUCAUAUGCGCUGCCAAGAACACAGUCUUUGUGUUUGAGGUGCAGACAGCUGCCAUGUUGUUGGAGAUCCGGGCCAGUCGCCUGAGCACGGUCCAGUACUGCCACGCCUGUCCCAGCAGCAAUCUGGUGGCCAUAGCGCUGUCACACUACGCCGUGGAGCUGUGGGACAUUGAAAGUAACAGGAAGAUGGCUGACUGUAGUGGUCAUCUGAGUUGGGUCCACUGUGUCCAGUUCUCUCCUGAAGGAUCUCGACUACUCUCCUGUUCGGAUGACCAAACAUUCAGGCUCUGGGAGACCGCCAAGGUGCACACCACCUCGGCCGUGCGCCUGAAGAGGGACUCGGACGUCCUGUUCAGCGACGGUGACAUCACCGUAGCAGCCGCCGACAACCUCAACAGACUACAGGUGCGGAAUGGCCAAACAGGAGUGGUGCUGUUUCAGUCGGAGGAGCAGGAGUCUCGUAUUCGCUGUACCUGCUUAUGCUUUCAGUCCUCUGCUGUGGCACUGGGGCGAGAGGACGGCAAUGUCCAGGCAGGGAUGACGGCUAGGCAGGUACUGAGGACCAUUGGCUGGAGAGCUCUACAGCUGUUGACCCCUCACACAGGACUGGUGCUAGCGCUAGGGUUAGAGACAGGCAGGAUUCAGGUGUUGGAGCUUCCAUCGGGCACCCUCUUGGCCAGUCUGCCGGGCCACACCAAGACCGUGCUGCACUGCCAGUUCUCCCAGGACGGAAAAACGCUCAUCUCCUCCUCCGAGGACGGCACCAUACGGGUGUGGCUAUGGAAGACAGGCGAGUAUAAGGUACUGCAGGGCCACAAGGAGCAGGUGAGGCACUUUGCCCUCCUCCCCACACCACUCUCGGCAACACAAGUCCUGUCCUGGUCCUACGACGGCACUGUGAAGGUGUGGGACAUUGAAACAGGUGAGAAGCUGCGUGACAUUGUGUGCCACGGGGGCGCCGUCCUAGCCUGCGACGUGUCCCAAGACGGACGCCUUUUUGUCACUACCUCCGCCGACAAGACCGCCAAGGUGUGGAGCUGUGCAUCGUGGGAUUGCAUGCACCUGCUGACUGGCCACCAGGACUGCGUCCGCAGCUGCCGGUUCUCCUGGGACUGCCGGCGCCUCGCCACGGGAGACGAUGACGGAGAGAUACGGCUAUGGAACUUGAUGAACGGCUCCUUGCUGAAGAUCUGUUCCGCCGUCAACAAGGACGCCAUGGACUCUCUCCACGGAGGCUGGGUGACUGACCUGCACUUCUCCCCUGACAACGCUGUGUUGGUGUCCACAGGGGGGUACAUUAAGUGGUGGGAUGUGGAGAAGGGGGAGGCCCUACAGACCUUCUACCCCACAGGAGCCAAUCUGAAGAGGAUCCAUGUGUCACCUGACUUCUCUACCUUUGUAACCAUCGACAACAUCGGAAUCCUCUACAUUCUGAAGAAGGUGGAGUGAGGAGGCAAAAUGGCUUCCUUUGAACUUUCCUCUUUCUGUAGCAAUAUAAAUCAUUUUAAUCAACAGUGUGGCCACAACCACCAUUUUGCCUUUACGUGGCCUGUAUUGGUUGAAUGAAAAGGGGAGGAGACAAGGGCUGGUGGUGUUGUCUUCAUUAGAACUUGCUAUUUAAAAUCCUGGAUUUUUCAAUAUGGAGGGAAACAGCUUUAGUUAGCAUAAAUCCAGACAAUAACAAUCCAGCACAGAUAAGUAACUGUAUUUCCCAGUAAAUGUCCGGUCUGUUUUGCAUGGCUGAAUUGAACAGAUAAGAAGGGGUGUGUCCUAAAUCAGAAGCACUUCCUGUGAAAAAGCCCUUAAUCCAAAUGCUACACACCUUACAAAGAGUUACAAUUGUCCCAUACUGGCAUGUUAUUAGGAUUCUAAUGAGACAUUGCUCAUAGUAUAUAUGCUGGCACUACUGAUUGAAAAUGCAUUUGAUUUUUACUGCACUGGGGUUAAUGUUAUUGCAUGUCAUUUUCAACAAUAUUUCAAUCAAAACUAUUGUCUGUUAUUUUGUCAGUGAGCUCCUAAGGAUGCCUUAUGUUAUCAUUUAUUGUGAGGAAAUGUGAAUUUGAAUCAUUUCUGUACUUCUAAGUACCCAAUGCUUCACUUUGCGGUGUAAAUCGAGUCUUGAUUCUGAUAUUGUGGAUUUUGUACAAUUUUUCUGUCAUUUUUUUAAUCUUAAAGAGAACAAUCUUUAUCCUGUGGUGGUCUGUGCAUAACAUUUAGACUUUGGUGGCCUUAAUGUGAAUGUGGCAGGGAAAUUAGGUGCAUAUCUACAAACCUCAGAAAGGGUGCAAAUAUUUAGACCAGUUGGUACAAUGUACUUCUGACUCACAUCAGGGAACCCUCCAAUAUUUAAUUAAUAUGGUGGCAGUAACUCAUAAAAAUAUAAAAAUGACACUAUAUUAGUUUGUGCAAUAUUUAACAAAACCUUUGAGUAAGGCCUAUUUUGAGAUCAUUAGUGACACAAUACAUAUAGUCUGUCAUUUCUGAGGGCCAAAAUAGUUUCAUAUACCAAUCCUGACAAUUGAGCCAACUACUUUUUGGGGGCUUAAAAAAAAAAAGUUUUACUGUAUACCACUCUUUAAUAUAUGUUUACAUGUUUUUUGGGGAAAGUAACACCUGCUGAACUAGCACUUUUUCUAAUUACAAUACAUUGAAAACACACACAUCCUCUCAUCUGUCAUCUGCCCUCCUUCAGGUAAUGACUAAUUGUACUCAUUAAGAAUGAGUGAAAGUUUUUUGUUCCGUUACAUAUAGCUUCAUCACCUGCUAUUUCUGGAAGGAAGCAAGGUAAUGCAACGUCCUUUUGGGAUAAAUCUGUGAUGUCAGAAGGAGUUCUUUCCUAGUAAUGCUUUUCGUUCAUGUCAAUCUAGAGUAUCGAACCAUCAACCAAAUAAGGUUGAUGAGUUCUCUGUCAAUCAAAAUGUUAAAAUGCAGGAGUUUGUCCAGGGUGUGAAUAUUGUGUAAUGGUUUGGUGCUUUGUGCAUGGUGCGUGUAAUUUCUAAGAAUUGAAGAAUAAAAUAAUUUAAUUAUG